AUGAAAAUAUCGGACAAAGUUUCAUCAUUAAAUAUGAAUGACAACGAUAGAGAUAAUAAAAAUGGCAAAGAGGUUGAGAUCAUAACAGUAAUGUUAGUUGGAAGUGCAGCAAACGGAAAAUCAACCUUGGCAAGUGUAAUCAGUGGUUCUAAAAUUUUUGAUGAAAGUCAUAAUACUAUUCGUUCAACUAAGAAUACCAAUACUCGCAAUUUUCUAAUUGACGGGAAAAUAUACAGAAUAGUUGAUACUAUAGGACUUGGAAACUCUAGAAUGGAACUAAAAGAAGUAUUAAGUAAGUUGCUUGAGGCUGCUGAAACCAUUAAAUGCGGGAUAAAUCAAAUUCUAUUUGUUACAAAGGGAAUAUUUUCUGGUCCGGAAAUUGAAAUUUUUGAAACAUUACAAUCAUUGAUUUUUGAUGAAGAUGUUUUUAAAUAUACUACUAUCAUUAAAACAAAUUUUGCUGAGUUUGAAGACGAUGAUGAGUGUGAAAAAGAUUAUAAUGAUAUGAUUUCUGAGGAUGAUAAAAUUUCUCAAUUCAUCAAAUCAUGCAAAAAGGUCAUUCAUUUAGAUAAUCCGCCAAUAACACCUCGUACUAAGCAAGUCGCAGAAGAGAUCCGAGAAGAAUCAAGAAAAAAAAUAUUAAGUUACUUGUGUACUUGCACAGAAGUUUAUAUGCCAAAAAACUUGCAAGAAUUUAUAAAUGCAAAAGUAAAAGAUUAUAUGACAGAAAAAUCUUAUAAAAUUCCUGAAAUUAAAACUAUAAAAAUAUUAUUAUUGGGUAGAAAAGGAAGCGGAAAAACGACUCUAGCUAAUGUAAUAAAUAAUACUAAUAACAAUACGGAGAAAAGCACAUAUAGAUAUGAAAUAAUUGAUCCAGAGGGAAUUGGUGAUAGAAGAUUAACUCCUCAAGGAAUAUUAUAUAAAUUUGCAGACGCUGCUGCUGCUACUGGUGGUAUUAAAGAUGGAAUAAAUCAAAUUCUAUUCGUUAUCAAUGGAAGAUUUACAGAAGAAGAAAUCGAAACUUUUGAAACAUUACAAUCAAUUAUUUUUAAUGAUGAAAAUAUUGUCAAUUUCACCACUAUAAUUAAAACAAAAUUCCCCGUUUUUGAAGAGGAUGAUGAGUGUGAAAAAGAUUAUAAUGAUAUGAUUUCUGUGGAUGAUAAAAUUUCUCAAUUAGUUAAAUCAUGCAAAAAGGUCAUUCAUGUAGAUAAUCCGCCAAUAACACCUCGUACUAAGCAAGUCGCAGAAGAGAUCCGAGAAGAAUCAAGAAAAAAAAUAUUAAGUUACUUGUGUACUUGCACAGAAGUUUAUAUGCCAAAAAACUUGCAAGAAGUUUAUACGCUAAAAAACUUGCAAGAAUUUAUAAGUGCAAAAGUAAAAGAUUAUAUGACAGAAAAAUCUUGUAAUAUUCUUUAA